AUGGCGAAAUACGUCGGCGAGAAUCUUCAGCGGCUGGUGGACAGGCCGGACGGCACUUCCUGUUUCAGGCUGCACAACGACCGGGUGUACUACGUGAGCGAGAAGAUCCUGAAGUUGGCCGCCAGCAUCUCUGGGGACAAGCCGGUGUCGCUGGGGACCUGCUUCAGGAAAUUCACCAAGAGUCACAGAUUCCGGUUACACAUCACAGCUCUGGAUUACCUCGCACCCUAUGCCAAGUAUAGAGUGUGGAUAAAGCCUGGAGCAGAGCAGUCUUUCCUGUAUGGGAACCAUGUGUUGAAAUCGGGACUGGGUCCAAUCACUGAAAAUACUUGCCAGUACCAGGGAGUGGUGGUGUACUCCAUGGCAGACGUCCCUUUGGGUUUUGGGGUGGCAGCAAAGUCUACACAGGCUGCGGGAAAGUAG